CCCGAAAUCCCAAUUUCAAGUUUCCUAAUUUAUACGGCACUUUUUCAUAUUUCUGGUUCCAUGGGUAAAUCCUUGCGUUCUUCCAAACAUUUUGCUAGUUUUAUCGGCUCAAACACUUUCCGCCGCCGCCGCGCCCAACCCAAGGUCGAGGGGUCUGUCAGAGUUAUAGAAUCGGCUUCGUCGGAGCGGCGACCGAGGAUGAACAAGAAGGAGGAGAGUUCCAUCCCCAAGCCCUCGUCGGAGGACAUCCGGAUACCGCUGGCCGACGUGGUGGCCGAUUGCGUCAGACGGUGGUUCCAGGACACGCUCAAGGAGGCCAAGGGCGGCGACAUCUCCAUGCAGGUCCUUGUGGGUCAGAUGUUCUGUAGUGGAUAUGGCGUGCCCGUUAAUGCCGAGAAGGGAAGAGCAUGGAUAUCUCGGGCGUCAAGGACCCGUUCUUCGGCAUGGAAAGUUCGUGACAAACGCCCAGGUUAUAAUGUUAGUGAUUCAGAUUCCGAUGAUACUGCUGGGAAUGCUAAAUAAGGGCCAAUGUGCUUGAUCUUUGGUGGGAAAACCAUAAAUUUCAUUUGUAUUUCAAGAACCCAUCACCCGCAUCGGAGAACUGGUGUUAUCCGUUCUUGUUUUUAAUCAUAUCUGUAUCCAUAUCCUCGGUGUAUCUUAGAAAUCGAGCACGUGGGUUUACCCUUUUCCAUUUGAUGGCUUUUUUUGUGUCUUUGAUGAACUUACCUUGAGGUAUGGCUACAUGAGGAAACCCAAUACUUUGAUUAAACAAUGUGAAUGGUUGCUGUUCUUCCAUUGUUUAUAGCUGCCAUGGGAGUGUCUUUAUUAUUAUACAGUGCAUGCUUGAUAGAGCUUAUUUAGGGGCUUUUA